AGUACAGAGUUUAAUGAAUAGUCUUGUCUCAUUUCUGAUAUGUCCCACUUUGUGAUUGCAUUUUAAACUUUCAUUUUGAGAUAUGCAUGAUAGCAGUUUCAUAUGAAUACAAUUAUUUGCAAAUGGAGUGAAAAACAGGGACACAGUCCAGUAGAUGUGCAUACAGGUGCGGGUUAGCUUGAGAUAUUUAGAGAAGCAGGAAGUGGGAGGUCUUUAUUAACACCUUCAUGUCACAUGAACAGACACAGAUGUAAAAUCUCAUUGAAUAGAUAAUGAAAGAAAACAACUCAAACAUUUAAAAAAAAAUGCCUUGGCUUGGGAUAUCUAAUACACCAUACGCAAUUACAUGUGUGCUCCACAGGAUCAGCUACACACUGCAUUUUGUUUAUUUUAUUUAUUUAAUUUACAUGACAUUUGCAGGUCUAGCAAUCUUUAAAAUCACUUUACAAAAUGUGAUUUUCACAAAUUAAUAAUAAUAAUAAUAAUAAUAAUAAUAAUAAUAAUAAAUUAAUACACUUAAAUUGAAGAAAUUUCAAGUCACGUUUAGUCCUCCUAAAGAGUCCUGGGCCCCUGGUUGAGAUCCACUGGCAUAUAUUUUAUUUACAAUAAAUACUGAAAUGGUUUAUUUCACUCAAUGGUUUAUUUUAUUUUCGUAGUUCGAAAUUAUAUGUGUGGGGCUGACUAUGGAACACAAACGUUUUCUAAAAAAAAGUCAAACAAGAUGACAUUGUUAGUGGUGAAUGUGUUUGCGGUAUCCAUUUUCACUGAAUAGUUAAACUCUACACUUUGCCCUCAACACAGGCCGAGGCUAAAGUUCACCAAGAGAGGGAGAGAAAGAGAGAGAGAGCAACAGAUUAAGGGAGGAGGGAAUGAAGGGAAAAGCAAGUAGCAAAAAAAUCACAUUUCGAAGCAAAAGGACAACAGGUGUCUAGACUUAAUACAGGAGCAGGAACAGAAGAACGCUGGAAAACAAAGAGAAAAAACGAUAAAGAAAAUGAAAACAAGCUGUUCAUGUCAAAGACAGACUACUGAACUCAAAGCCUGAAACAGAGGUGAAUAUUGAACGUGUGCGAUAUUGUUUUGCCGUGUGUCUACAUCUGUUUGCACACAAAGAGUGGGUUGGUAAUUGCUUCAGUGACACGGACAUAGCUUCUGUGAGCAACUUUUAUACAAACCACGGCUGCUUAAAAACCUCCGAACGCAAGAGAUGGAGGGAGGAGAGGGGAGAAGAGCAGGAGGAGAACGAAGCAGCCGGCUGUCGGCCCUACAGGAGCAGCUGGUGUGGUCUCUCCUGGGAUCAGGGCUGUCAAAAGAGCUGCUGAUCCAGGCCAUGGGAGAUCUGGAGCGAGAACGGGCCUCGGCCGGCGCUGAGAGGAUGGAUCGGGCUGACGGCGAGAGCUCGGAGGAGGGAGACAUGGACAAUCCACCUCCUAUCUUCCAUGAGCUGGAGAGGCUACCGCCGGAGGAGGCCGCGAGGCAGAGAGCUGAAGUGGACCAGCUGUUGCAAGAGGAUCCUUGGCACAUGGCUAAAAUGAUAAAAAGCUAUAUGCAGCAGCACAACCUACCACAGAGAGAGGUGGUGGAGUCCACAUGCCUCAACCAAUCCCAUCUCUCCCAGCACCUCAACAAGGGCACACCCAUGAAGAAUCAAAAGAGGGCUGCUCUGUACAGCUGGUACGUCAAGAAAAAGGCAGAGAUUAACCAGCAAUUCACCAAUGCAAGUCGAGGUGUUAUGUCAGGAGAGGAAUCUGGGGAUGAUGUAAGAAAGGGACGGAGGAAUCGAUUCAAAUGGGGCCCAGCAUCCCAACAAAUCCUUUUCCAGGCCUACGAGCGACAGAAAAACCCCAGUAAGGAGGAGAGGGAGGGACUGGUGGAGGAGUGCAACAGAGCAGAGUGUCUUCAGAGGGGUGUUUCUCCAUCUCAGCUGGCUGGUCUAGGCUCUAAUUUGGUCACAGAGGUUCGUGUUUAUAAUUGGUUUGCAAAUCGGCGUAAAGAGGAGGCAUUUCGCAACAAACUGGCACUGGACGUGCCCUAUAGCAGCCAAUCAGCUCCCUCAACAGGCCAGACACUACCAUCGAGUCCUUCACCAGUUCUGAAGUACAGCCAGCCUGUUCUGAAGUACAACCAUUCAGUGGUUUGUGAGGGUCUGGGUACAGUGAGAAGCUCCAGUGGUGAAGACCGAGGUGGGGGCGGUCGUCUAGCUAGUCCUCUUCAGCUAGAACCCAGUCAUACACUGCUGGAUACACACCAUCACAAACCAGCAUCUUGUGGUGGCUCCUUACCUCCAGUCAGUACUCUCACUUCCCUGCAUGGAGUGUCAGGACCCUCUGCUGCUCCUUCAGGACUGAUCAUGGCCUCCCUACCAAGUGUAAUGAGUCUAGGGGACUCCUCACUUUUCAUAGGCUUGACGUCCUCUCAACCACAGACAGUCCCUGUCAUCAAUAACGUAGGGGGAGGCUUCACUACCCUUCAGCCAAUCUCGUUUCAGCAGCAGUUUCACGCCUCACCUCAGCAGCCAAUAACUCAGCAGCUUCAGAGCCACAUUUGCCCAAGCUCCUUCAUGGCAACAAUGGCACAGUUACCAUGCCACAUGUACAGCAAGGCAGAUCUGAGCUCUUACUCCUCCAGUCUCCUGUCCCAGGCCAUGGUCAUCGCAGACAGCAACAGCAUCGGGACACUGACUAACCUCACAGCUGUUCGACAGAUUCUCACCUCAGAUCCUGAGGGUCACUCAGACACUCCCAUUGAAGAGGAGUCUUUACAUCUGCAGUCCACUUCACCUGAGCCAGUGUCUUCUGGCAGUUUGGAGCUCUAUCCUCAGACACACACAAGUGAAACCCAUCCUUCUCACCUGCUCUCCUCUCCAUCCGGAGAUUUAGACCCUUACAUGCCUACACAGAUGGUCUCUACUGCACAAUAGUAAUGCUACUGAGAGCUGGUGUAACUCUUUAAAAUACAUCAGAGAGCAAAAUUAAAGUAAAUAAAAAUUAGCCAUCAUUCAAAAAAAAAAAAAAAAAAUGCCACAUUGCUACCUGCUGCCUACCCA